UUAAAUAGCUAGCCUGGUCUGGGUAGCUCCACUUGUAACUUCACUGACUCGGUCUGUGUGAAAGAAAGAGGAAUCCAGCCACAAUGACGGACCAGUCGGCUUUCGAUACCGAUGUGCAGACCAUAACCCGAUUUGUCAUGGAUAAGGGAAGGAAAGCGAAAGGAACUGGCGAAUUCACUCAACUCCUGAACUCCCUUCUCACUGCCAUCAAAGCUAUCUCUUCUGUUGUGAGAAAGGCAGGCCUCGCCCAUCUGUAUGGAAUUGCGGGGACUGUGAAUGUGACUGGAGAUGAAGUGAAGAAGCUGGAUGUGCUGUCCAACAAUCUUGUCAUUAACAUGUUAAGAUCAUCCUACAGCACAUGUGUGCUGGUGACGGAGGAGAAUGCAGAUGCAGUGAUUGUAGAGCCUGAUAAGCAGGGUAAAUACGUGGUCUGCUUCGAUCCGUUGGAUGGUUCUUCCAACAUUGAUUGCCUGGCAUCCAUAGGAACCAUUUUUGCUAUUUACAAGAAGGUAUCUGAAGAGCCGCCGAGUGAAAAAGACGCUCUUCAGCCUGGCCGGGACAUAGUGGCUGCUGGGUAUGCCCUGUACGGCAGUGCCACUCUGGUAGCUCUCUCCACUGGACAGGGAGUCGACUGCUUCAUGUUGGAUCCAGCCUUGGGGGAGUUUAUUCUUGUGGACAAAGAUGUGAGAAUAAAGAAGAAAGGGAAGAUCUACAGUGUGAAUGAAGGCUACGCCAAAUACUUUGACCCUGCAGUCACUGAAUACAUUCAUAAGAAAAAGUUCCCUGAGGAUGGCUCCGCUCCAUAUGGUUCAAGAUACGUUGGCUCUAUGGUGGCAGAUAUUCAUCGUACAUUGAUGUAUGGAGGAAUCUUCAUGUAUCCUGCCAACAAGAAAAAUCCAAAGGGAAAGCUUCGUCUUCUGUACGAGUGCAACCCAAUGGCCUUCAUCAUUGAGCAGGCUGGCGGACUGUCUACCACAGGAACCCAGUCUAUCCUCGAUGUACAGCCAGAAUCAAUCCACCAGCGAGUUCCCCUCAUCAUGGGAUCCCACGAUGAUGUUCAGGAAUUCAUUGCCAUUGUAAAGAAACACCAAACUGGGGCCUGAAUUCUCACAGGGCCGACCCCACUAUGUUAGCCUUGUAAAAUUUGGGUUUCAGAAAGCAAUGUUCAGAAAGCAAUAAAGGAUUGAAACAAAAAUGAAUAUACAGUGCCUGUUGCUCAAAAAAUAGUAUAAAGAGCACAAAAAUCAGCUCAACAGCAGCAAUAUGUACCAUAAUAUUCUUUGUAGUUAUGAUUUGAUUGUACUUUGGUUUGUUUACAUUGGUUCAACAGAAUAGAAAAUCAGUUCAGCAGGGUUCAAAGUGAUGUUUGAAUACUGCCUGGACCACAUAAGCCUUAAGAGAUGCAUCAAUUGCUUAUUUCUCCAAGUUUAUUUCUACAUGUGUAUUUAUAAUGAUAUUCCAGUAAAACUAAACAUUAAUGCAGCUUCUAGUUGGUAAAGACUGGGUAUUAAGGCUGCAGAUACAGAAUGUCAAACAAUAAAACUCUUUAACCAAGGAA